UCUGUUUCACAAGCCUUCCCGGAAGUCUUGCGAUGUUGUGCCUCUGAGUUUUGAAACUCUGUGGGACGGUUCGGCUCAACAGAUGUGGGUGGUCUCAUUAAAGUUUUAAAAUUCAAUAUGAAAAUGGCUUCCAUAACGACCAAAGAUCUUUUUGAUGCACAACUCCUGGAAGGUGACUUCAUCACAUCUACUCAUCACAAUGCACAACGUUUGGAAGAUAGAGUUUUCCAACAAAAGACAGAGUUUCUCAGAAAUGCAGAGAAACUUAGAAAACAGAUUGAGAAACUUGAGAAAGAGAAGAUGUUGAAUACACAAAACAGGAAGAAUGGUCUUUCAGAUGGAUUUAGAGUAUUGGAAGAGUUUGAUAAAGGUCUUCAGGAUGAUCGAAAUACUGAGCAAAUGAACGCGCAAAAGCAUCUGAUGAAAAUCCAUAAUGGUGUAAAUAAAUUUCAGAUGCAGCUGACUGACGUGAAGCCUACCCCUGAGUUAAUUGAGAAACUGAAAGAAAUAAUGACAGAAGUUGAAAAUUCAAUCAACAUUUUCAAGGGGGAUCAGCGUCAAAGUUUUGAGGAUCUAUUGAAAGAGGAAAGAACAUGCAGCCAGGAGAUAUGUGCUUUUGAAAAGAAGAUUGAUACUUGGUCUUUGGCUGUAAAAGCAGACCCAAAGUUGCCCACUGCUCCCCCAGGCAAGGUGUUUCUGGCCAAAGCCCUAGAGGAGGACCUCCCACCAGAGGUGACCGCACUAGAGAGGUUCCUACAGCAAACUGGAGGGAAGCAGGGGGCCUGGGACCAGUAUGACCAUCAGAGCUUUCUGAAAGUGUGGACCAAGCACAAUGGCAAACCAGCCUAUAGGAAAGAGGCCUUGCUCUACCUGCCAGGCAAAACCCCAGAAGAUGUUGAACAGCAUGAAGAUUGGUAUCUUGAGCUCCUGUACCUCCAGGAGAAGAAGAAAGAGGCCAUUUACCGGUGGAAGGCUGAGAGACAGCAGGAGAGGGCUGCAAGGCUGCAACACCAGGAUGAGCUGGAGAGCGUUGCCAGGAGGGAGAGGGAGGCGCAGGCUGAGACCCAGCAGCGUAAGGCUGAGGAGGAGAGGAGGGAGGCGGUGGCUCGCCUGGAGGGGUGGAAAAGGCAGCGCAGGCUGCGCCAGGAGCAGGAGGAGGAGCAGAGGCUCACUGAGGAGAUCCUGCAGCGGAGACAAGCCAAGGAGGAGCGCAGGAGACAGCUGGAGGUGAAGCUGGUUCUGGAGGCCCACAUUCGGCAGAAGAAGGAGGAGGAAGAACUUCUGACCAUGCAGAAAGAGGAACAGGAACAGGCUGACAUGGAGGAGAAGAAGAGACUGGCAGGCUACGGCAUCAAACGCUUUCAGGAAAGGGACUUCCAGAAGUUGGAGACAAAAGUACAGGAGAGACAGGAGAAGGAAAAGCAGGAGCUGGAUAGACAAAAGAGACUGGCUAAGCUGAAGGAGAAGGCAGAGGCUCAUAUCAGCAGAGACCCUUCCAGGCUCUGCAAACCCACCAAAGGAUGGGAGGAACGCACCAAAGAGAUUGGACCCUCUGGGGGCGGACCUGUAUUACAGAUGUUUCAUAGGUUGACCAUUGUGUUCUUUGCACUCUCUGGUCUUGAUGUCCUGGAUUCUCUUAAUGUAAUAGACAAGCCCAGCUUGAUUGAAUGGGUCUACUCACUACAAGUCAUUCCUACAGAAGACCAAUCCAAUUUAGGACGUUGUGGGUUUCGAGGGUCAUCACACAUUGGAGUUCCAUACAGCACCUCCAAGGGCCCAGGAGUAUCCCACCCGUAUGACAGUGGCCAUGUGGCCAUGACGUACACUGGCCUGGCCUGCCUGGUCCUACUGGGGGACGACCUGAGUCGUGUCAAUAAGGAGGCCUGUCUGAUGGGCCUGAAAGCCCUGCAGCUGGAGGACGGAAGUUUCUAUGCGGUCCCAGAGGGAAGUGAAAAUGACAUGAGGUUUGUGUACUGCGCAGCAUGCAUCUGCUACAUGCUCGAUGACUGGUCAGGCAUGGACAUCAAGAAGGCCAUCGACUACAUCAGGGGAAGUAUGUCGUAUGACAAUGGCAUUGGCCAGGGGGCUGGAUUGGAAUCGCAUGGUGGGUCCACGUUCUGUGCCAUUGCAGCCCUGAGUCUGAUGGGCAAAUUAGAGGAGAUGUUCAGCCAGCGCGAGCUGAACAGGAUACGUCGUUGGUGCAUGAUGAGACAGCAGAACGGCUUCCAAGGCCGCCCCAACAAGCCCGUCGACACGUGCUACUCCUUCUGGGUGGGCGCCACACUGGAGCUCCUAGAUGUCUUUCAGUAUACUAAUUUCGAGAAGAACCGGAACUACAUCUUGUCCACUCAGGACCGUUUGGUGGGCGGCUUCGCUAAGUGGCCAGACAGUCACCCAGACCCACUGCACGCCUACUUCGGGAUCUGUGGCCUGUCUCUGAUAGGAGAGGCCAACCUGCGGCGAGUUCACCCCGCCCUAAACGUGAGCCAGAGGGCCUUUGAGUAUCUGCAGCAUCUGCACCGGACGUGGAGAGGCACCUGCACCUGACGGCCAAACCCCUGUGCCCUGCCCCUGCCUCCAAGCACUACCACAGCCCCUAAGCCAUGCACAGCCCCCCCAACUUACCUUAGCAAUAGAAACGAUAGUGGGUACACAAAGGACACAGUCCCACUGAAAUGGUUGGGAGAGGUGAAUAAAUAAAUGAUCGGGUCCAUCAAUUAUUGAGAGCAAACUGGCGGAGUUGACGCUCAGGCCGGGAGAGAGCUCAUUCUGCUUAGUGUCACAUGAGCCAGAUUCAGUGAUCUGUUUUUGCUUGAUGUGUUGACUUCCCUUCCUCUGAGCCAUGUUCUUUAAAAUACUGAACUUCUAGCUGCUAGAUCAGGGAUGGGCAACUGGGGAUGUGCACCCUUGUUUGUAAGUCCACGGAUCAAUUUCCCAAAAUAUUAUUUUUAAGUAAAAAAUUGUGGAAUUCAGUUGGGGUUUUAACUUAAUGUUGAGGGUUAGAAUAGUAGAAUACACAAGGUCAAAUUUCUACAUUUGGUUGUGCAUCAGAAGUUUUUCCUCUUCUGUCAGUCACUGACGGUCACUGAAUUAGCCCAUGCCAGCUAACAUUUGUAAGAUUGGUAAAUUAGCUGGCUAGACUAUCUAACCUCGUCAAAUUACAGACAGUGGGACCCCUGUUGAUUUUCUUAGUCGUUCUCAAUCCGAUAUCAUAUUCAAAACUGCUAAUAUUUCUCUAUGGCAAAUGAGUAGAAUUGCAAGAAAUGUGUUAAAUUGCUAAGUCUUAUCUCUGCCCCAUGGCAAAAUGUGUAGAAUUGAGUAAAAUGUAACUCUAAAACAAAUUAUCUCCGCUGUCAAUACUGGGGCCUCUAAGAUGUUUUGCUUGAAAAAACAUUUCACUUAGGGCCCCCAAAUGGUUAGGGCCAGCUCUGACUACAUGUUGAGGUAUGGAAGUAUGUAUGCAGACCCGCGAGCCACUGCAGCCCUUCAUGAUGAGUUCAGAUUAUUUGUGGAACCCCCCUCAUCAAAGUUGCCCAUCCCUGAGCUUGAUUCACUAGGUUUGUAUUCUCAAAAGAUCUCAGAACAUUUGAAUUCAUUUUACUGACUUUUUGCCUCUAAUUGUGUGUUCUUUGGUCAAAAUGUUCUUGUCGAAAACCAACAUGGUCGCUACACCAAUCAAGCCUCUUGUAUUUAUCCAGGAUCAGUGUGUUUUUAGCAUCUGUAUUUUGUUAACCUGUGUAGGUGGCUCCAGAUAUAUUAACCGGUGUAGGUGGCUCCAGACAUAUUUUCGGGUUAUGGCAGUGUGCUGUGCUCCUCAAGGCUGCCAAGUUCCUCAGACUUAAUUCCCUUCUCUGAAAUGUGCCUCACACAGCAGACUCUGGGCUCUCUAACCUGGGAGGGUCCUUAAUAACUGUAUGGACUUGCCUGUCACUGCAGAUGAGUGUUAUUGAGUCAAAAUACACAUGAAUGUUUGCCUCGACAUGAACAACUAUAUAGAAAUAAGUGAAAUUGAAUUUAUUUUUUCUAUACUUUAUAGAAAUAUUGAGUGUAGAUAAUAUAUAAAUAUCAAUGUCAUGUCUAUCAUGCAAGUGCUCAAAAUCUAAUCGUUGCUAUUUCAGUGAGAUAGGAGGAUUUGAUAUGCAAUGUUGAUAUGUGAAAUAAUUAAUAGCAUAUUGUCUUUAUCAUGUCAAAUCAACUAAACAUGUGCUAAAACUGGCUUGGCAGUGCAUAUUUAUGUGAAAUGAAUAAAAAUGCCUAACUUUU